AUGUAUGAAAAAAAGGAAACUGAGAAGCUUCCCGAGUACAUCUCCCCUCAGUACCGUUUCGCUUGCUGCGCACAGAACUGCAACUACAUCUGCCCCGAAGAGGGCAACCUCCGUCACCACCUGAUGGCUCUCCAUAACGGCGAAACAUCUUUUACGUGCGUACACUGCAAGGCGGACAUCACUCCCACUGACGUUGACCACAUCAUCAAGCACCUCAAGCUGCACGGUCUGCAGUUGUUCAAGUGCUUCUACUGCAGCUUUGUGAGUCACCUCAAAAGCAAAGCCGAGAAGCACGUCAAUGAUUAUCACGCCGAUUUGCCGAGUAAAGUGAUUACUGUGAGAUCUAUGGAUUCAGAGCCGAAAGACUCGGAGGAACCCACAACGUCUGGCAUCCAAAGCACUCAGGGAGCUACAAACUCAAAAUCCAACAAACCGUGGAGGUGUUGCAUGUGCAAGACUCGCAGCGGAUCGAUAGAAGGCAUUCAAAACCACGUGUUGGAGAAGCAUGAAAUCGACACUCAGUACAAGUGCGCCCUCUGCGUGUACAAGACUAACGAGAAGGACACUUUCGAGAGUCAUUUCAAAGAACAUCAUGCCGGUCAGGAGAUCGAUUUGAUCCAUGUGUACAGAAAGGUGGAGGACGGUCCCAAGGACGAAAAAGAAGCAGAUCCGUUCGAUACCACCCCUCUGUGGCAGAGAAACAAGCCUAGGGUAAGGCACAUUAGGGGCAUACUGUUUGACGAGUCUUCCCUGACCCCCACGAAAACCCCCAAGAAGCCUUUCAAGGCCGCCGCUGGUCCCACCCCUUCCACUUCUGCUGCCAGCUCCACUUCUGCUGAAGGCUCCACUUCUGCCGUCCCUCCGAAGAGUAACUUGGAGUUGGCUAUCGAUUCUGUCGCCAAGGGCACUGCAGACAUUUUGAAGAAGGACUCGACUGAUACUUCUGCGGAAAUUUUGAAGGACGACGAACUGAUUGAGCAGGUGGGUGGAUUUUAUACGGAGCGGAUGAAAUGGGAUAUCCUAUAUAUUUUUACUUAUUUCGAUGGAGAAUGA